AGGCGUCGCUAGCCCGGCUGCGCCUUUUCUUCUGGGGGUUUCGCGGCGUCAGGGGGUGCGGAAGGCGGUGCCUGAGGCGAGGCUGAGUGGGGCGGGACUCUUCCCACCCGCCUCGUUUCGCGGCUGCCUCUGCUGCUUCUCGUGCCGCUCGGACUUCUUUUUGGGCGAAGGGACCGGGAAGGAAGCGCUUGUAGCGUUCCACCGAGUCUCCGAAGGUGAAGCAUCGGGGAUCUCCUGGAAGAGGGAAAGCCGCCGAGUCUUCCUGCGAACCCCUUCCUUCCAUCCGCAGCGCCAAAGAAAAACUCCGAGGUCCACCGGUUCCUGACUGAAUCUUCCCCCGUGAAUGUUUUCAUACAAGGACAUUUUAAGGAGUUCCCCUGAAUCCCACAAAAUGUCAAUACUCUCAUUUCUUCAACUGCUCUGGCCCCUCCAUGAAUGUAACAAAUGUAUCAGGAAAUGGCACUGCUGCCUGGGAAUACAGACCCCGAAUUCACUACAUACUCUUAUAACAACUUGGAGACACUUUGUGAUGUGCAGACAAAGAAAGGAGUCUUCUACAAAAAAGCAAAACUUCUCAAUCCUGGGGAAGACUUGUAUUGCUUCGCCUGCAGGGAGGACCGAACCCGGAAUGUGAUCAUCAAUGUAGGUGGCAUAAAAUACAAAAUUCCAUGGACCACAUUAGAGAAUUGUCCCUUGACCAGGCUUGGAAAGUUAAAAUCAUGCAACAACUAUGAUGAAAUAAUGGAUAUAUGUGAUGAUUAUGAUGUCAACUGCAAUGAAUUCUUUUUUGACCGCAAUCCUUGUGCCUUCAGGACCAUCAUGACUUUUUUGACAGCUGGGAAGCUAAGGCUCCUCAGGGAAAUGUGUGCUCUCUCUUUCCAAGAUGAACUGGUUUACUGGGGGAUAGAAGAGGAACACUUGGAGUGGUGCUGUAAAAGAAGAAUACGACAAAAAGAGGAAGAGGUGGCAGAGGCUGCAUUGUUCGAAGAUGAAGUGGAAGCCAAUGAAGCACCCCAAUGUGCCUUCAAGGACAGUAGCCGUUUGCAUUUGUGCAUGAAAAAGCUCAGGGAUAUGGUGGAGAAUCCUCAUUCAGGGAUCCCAGGAAAGAUCUUCGCUUGUAUAUCUGUUUCUUUUGUUGUCAUCACUGCAGUUAGCCUCUGCAUUAGCACCAUGCCAGAUCUCAGAGAAGAAGAAGAUCGGGGGGAGUGUUCCCAAAAGUGCCAUGACAUCUUUGUGCUGGAAACAGUCUGUGUGGCUUGGUUUUCUUUCGAGUUCAUCUUGCGCACGAUCCAGGCAGAGAGCAAGUGUGCCUUUUUGAAGACGCCACUCAACAUUAUAGACAUUUUGGCCAUCUUGCCUUUCUACAUCUCUUUGAUUGUAGAUAUGGCUUCUCCCAAAACCAGCAACAAGCCUGGGGGUGGGGGUGGAGGAGUUGGAAACAAGUACCUAGAGAGAGUGGGCCUGGUGCUGCGCACCCUGCGAGCCCUUCGUAUCCUGUACGUCAUGCGCUUGGCAAGGCAUUCCCUGGGAUUGCAGACCCUGGGACUCACUGUGCGCCGCUGCACACGGGAAUUUGGACUCCUCCUUCUUUUCCUUUGUGUUGCCAUGGCGUUCUUUUCACCACUCGUUUACUUGGCAGAAAACGAAAUGGGUGCCAAGCAUGAAUUCACUAGUGUUCCCAGCAGUUACUGGUGGGCUGUAAUAUCCAUGACAACUGUUGGCUACGGUGACAUGGUGCCUCGUAGUAUUCCGGGGCAGGUAGUAGCCCUAAGCAGUAUCUUGAGUGGCAUCCUGCUCAUGGCUUUUCCUGUCACUUCCAUUUUCCACACUUUCUCGCGCUCGUACAUAGAGCUUAAGGAAGAACAGCAGCGAGCUGCUAAUAGGCAACUUCAUGAACUGGAAGAAAGCAACAACCUCCCACAAGACAGCAGCUCUCAGGAAGGAGAUUCCUCCUCUUCACAGGGGAGUGAUGGAGCAGCGAUUCAGGCUGCAAUGGAACAAGGGACGAAGAAUUGCUGACACAAAUGAAAUUGGAAUCUUGCACGAAGUGCAGAGGAAAAGUGGAUGGAGGGGCAUUUAUGUCUUAAAGUAAUUACCAAACUGCUUAUCUCCUUUUACAACCAGAAAGACUGCCUUUUGAGCAAUGGCUUACGUGACCAAUCACAGUACUGAGGACAGUUUGGCUUUCAUUUAACAUACUUUAGAAUUUCAGAGAUUCUUCAGCACUAAAAAUGCUGCUAAUUGCUCUUUCAAAGGCAAUUUUUCAACAUGUUUCUUUAGUGUACGUGGGAAGAAAUAACAUAGCUAAAUCAUAUUUUUAAAAGUGUCCAGAUUCAGAAUACGUCCAUGUUCCAUUCCCUAUGUAUAGAACUAGAGCAACUGAAAGAUUGGACAGUGGAUUCAUGUCAUUGUAUACAUCAUGAUGCGUAAAGGUUAAAAAGUGAAUUUGCUAUAUGGUACAAAGACACUUUGAGACUAACUGGCAAGCCAAUCUCUAGGUUACCCAUGGUUUAGUUUUUCCUUCGAUAAAAAUGCCUGCUUCAAUUCUUUAUGCAUUAUUGGUAUUGGCCACAGGAAGCUUUUGCACCCUAGCUUAGAUGAUGUUUUCUUUGUUCGGAUUUAAAUGUGCAUUGUUUUAAAAUGAUUUUAGUUGGAUCUUUUCCUUAUGUCUGAUCCAUUGGUACUAAAGCCAUGAUUUUUAAAAUGGAAAAGCACUUCUAGGACAUUUAUAGCUGGCUGGCUCCAGUCCUCUUCAAACCGAACAGCAGUAUUGGGCUUUCGUGUUACGCCAACAAAUAGCCCCUGCAAUCUUAGGUUAAAAAACUGGGAAACUUCUGCUCUUUCUCAGAAAAAAAUAAAAUAAAUUAAUGCUACGAAUAAUAGAAUUGUAUGCACAAACAAAAAAUAACAAUUGGCAUGGAGUUGAAUAUGGGGCAAACCACAGAACAUGCAAAAGUUAAAUGGCCAUUGCAAAUCUCCACAACAAAGGAGGAAGUACAAAGCACUUCCACUUUUUAUUUUCCUCUAUCUCUGCAACAAAGUCUUGCUCUGUGAGGCAUGUGGGAUUUACAAAUGUGAGAUAAAAGCUCUAGGCUUGGAUAUGUUUUGACCAUGCAAAUCUGUUCCUGAUGAUUAAAAAUGACUGCACCACUAUGAUGGAAGCAACCACACAAGAGUUAGCAAUGAGCAGUACUUUGAAGUGUAUUUUCCUACAAGGAGGCAGGAGCAUUUUACAGUAAUUAGUAAUUGUGGUGAACUCCAGCUCCUGGAUCUAAGCAAAAAUUAAGAGCCCUGCCACUUUUGAAAAUAGAGGGUCCUAGUGCAAGAGGUAAGUAGUAAGGCUGAAGUCCACUUUCUCUUCCAUUUGUAUUGAUUCUUGAUCAGCAAGAUUGUGAUGACACUAGGAGUUUAUUCAGCCUUGUUUUGUGUGGCUGAGCUAUAUUAAACAUUUCAUCUGUAGCAAGGAACAUUGUAAAAAAAAGCUUCUUAAUUUCUACUUUCUGAUUCUCAUUUGUUCCAGUUUAUUUUGAAAAUAAAAAAGGAAAAUAAAAUUAGC